UUAAAAUAUGACUGAUACAACACUGCGUGGUAUGUUUCUUGAGUUCGCUAUUCUAUCAGCUGUAUUUGAUUACUUUCUUAUUAUUGGCCUUUAAGUGUUUGAAAUUAAUAAAUUUAAUAAAUCUCGUUAUUAAUAUGGAAGGAAACCACGAUAUUCAGGUAAAUUAAGUUGAUUAUAAGUGAAAUAUGAAAAUAUUUCGAUGUUUAUGUGGUUGCAAAUGAUUUUAUUGCAGUGUAAACCAAAACGCCGCCGUUUCAACCCGGUACAUAAGUGGAAUGCGACAGAAGAAAAAGCGCUUGUGGAGUUCCUAAUGGAAAUAGAAGUUUCGAGAAACCAAUGGCUCAAAGCUUUUAUGGUCGUUUCAUCGAAGACACGCAGCUGACGGUAGGAUGGAAAGUAGUGCGCGCAAAAGUACGCAAUAUGCGCACUAAUUAUAAUAAAGCAAAGGAGUUGGAAUUGUCGACAGGCGCUGGAAGUAUGGAAGGCGGCACAAUAAAAAAUACUUUAAGAAAAAUGUGUUUUUUCUAUGAAGAGUUGGACGAUAUUUUCGGCAGCAGAUUAAAUUGUUCUGCAGUAGUGGAAGACAGUUUGCUGACGUUGUUAGAAAGCGACUCUACAAGUCAAUCGGGAGCAGAAUGUGUGGUUGAAGUGGGCAGUUCAGUUGAAGCUGAAGAAGUACAAAGUCCAGCGUUGAACGACAAUGUGUGCACUCGAAGGCAGAAAGGAAUAUAUUCCAAAACUGCCUUGUCAGAUAUUUUGUAGGUUCAUGGCAAGAUCGCAGAAAUAAGGAAGCAAAAGCUUGAGAUUGAUGUUGCAGCAAGGGAAAGGGAAAUGUCAAUCAAAGAAAAACAAUUAGAGUAAAAAGAAAAAGAAAUAGAAUUAGAAAAAGAGAAAUUAAUGACAAAUUAGAAAUUGAAAAAAUGAAAUUACAAACGUAGGAGAGGUUGGCAAUGGAAGAGCUUAGGCUAAAAUAUAAAUAAUUUUACAAUGCACUACAUUUUUAGUUCACUGAAUUUAUUUUUAUUAUUAUGUCAUUUUUUUAUGUUUUAAAUGAAGUUUUUAUGUUAUAAGUUUUGUUGUGAUAUUAAUAGUUAGUGCCUUUUGAAGAAUACGAA